GAAGCGUGCCUUUGCUGAUUGGCCCAGGAGGGAGCAGGCCACUUGGCCAGAGCCGCGGGUCAGCGACAUGACCGCACCUGUUCUUAAGGUGUGUGCUUCUGUCCACCGUAGGAUGUAACCUUGAAGGGUGCCUACCGGUUGCGGGUCGUCGGGGGCGACGGCUGUAGGCAGGCUGGGGUGAUGGGUGCGUGUCACGGCCCUCGGCUGGUGGAAUUCCACAAGACGCCCACCCACCUGCAGUUCAACAAGUACGUCCUGACGGGCUACCGGCCCAUCUCCAGCGCCCAGGAGUGUCUGCGCAGCCUCUUCUACGUGCACAACGAGCUGGGAAACAUCUACACACAUGGCAUCCCCUUCUUCCUCUUCCUGGUGCUGCUCCCCCUCAGUAUUCCCUGGGGGGAGGUGGACAGUGUGUGGAUCUGCGUGGUCCACUACCUGGCCUGUCUCUCCCCCACCGUGGGCUCCGUGCUGUACCACCUCUUUAUGAACCACGUGGGGGGAGAGGGGGUCUACGACAACCUGCUCUCCCUCGACAUGUUCGGGGUCUGCCUGGUCAACACCCUGGGUGCAUUACCCAUCAUCCACAUCACCUUGCUGUGUUACCCGGGCGUGCGGCAGCUAGCGCUGCUCAUCUACAUCCUUCUGUCCGCCUACGGCAUCUACUGCGCCACCACCGCGCGCACCAACGUGCUGCGGCUACGGGCCUUCGCGUGGCAGGGCGUGUUCCGCCUCGGCCUCUUCCUGUUCCGGAUGUUCGGCCGCGGCGUGGGCAGCCCUCGGUCGCUCCGGCUCUUCUUCACCAUGGACGCGCUGGCCGUGCUGGGGGGUGUGGUCAACAUCGUGCAGGUGCCCGAGAGGCUGAGCCCGGGGCUCUUCGACAACUGGGGCAACAGCCACCAGAUCAUGCACGUGAUGGUGGUGUGCUCCAUCGUCUACCUGCACUGGGGCACGCUGGAAGACCUGGACUGGAUCAAGAGCUUCGAGUGUCCCCUGGAGUGAGGUCACAGUGGUGUAGGAGCCCUGACGUCGUUAAGACGUAGAGGGGCAGAUAUGAGCCGGCUGGCCAAGAUAUAGAGGAUAGAUUUGGAUUUUGACGAGAAGAUGUUCAGUUUAAAAUAACAUUUCUUUCUUUCUCAUAAGUCUAUUCAAGUUCGACCUUUAUUGCCGAUGUUCUGUGUAUUCUAAAGAGUUGAACUGUAUUGUAAACUCUGCAGUAUGGCGUGCUUCCUGCAGGGGAAGGUUUGUAGAGGCUUCGAGAGACGAGCUCAGGCUUUAAUGCACUUUAGUUCUAGCUGUCGAUGCUGGUCUAAUUCAUAAGCUUAUUAAGUAUGAGUUUGUAUGGGAUGUUUGUACACAGCAAGCUGCAGUGUUUUAACUGUGGAUCUCAAAAAACAUGCUUAACACCUCCUGGGGAAACUUGAUACUAGGUUAAAUUAAAUAAUAUUAUUUAUAACACAGCCUAAUAAAUGUAUUUUCCUAU